ACAUUGUACAUUUUGGAAAGUGAGAACACACACACACACACACACACACACGGACACACACAUUAGUUUCAGAGAUGUUUCGUUGUGGCAUCGCGUAUCCCCGGUGCAGGUGGAUCCUGCCUCUUCUCCUGCUUUUUGCAGUUAUUUUUGAUAUAAUCGCCAUCGCGGCUCAGUCCGGAUGGGUGGAGGACGAGAACGCCAAGUCGCACUACGCCAGUAUGUGGGAUCAGUGUCGGGGCCGCAACAACAACUGGACCUGCAAGUCUCUCAUGGAGUUCUCAUGGGCUCAGGCAGUUGCUGCUCUGAUGAUCAUCGGCCUCAUCAUCCUCAUCAUCGCCUUCAUCAUCUCGUGUGUGGCGCUAUGCUGUAGCCUUAAUAUUCCGAUUUUGCCAUUUAUUGCAGUACUCCUCAUAAUUACAGCCGUACUCCAGAUCAUCGCUCUGAUCAUCUAUCCUGUAAAAUUCAACGAACUGAUCUUUGAAGGGAACUACGACUACACCUGGGCGUAUGGUUUCGGCUGGGGAGCCACUAUCAUCACUAUAGGUUGCGCAAUCCUGUUUUGCUGCCUGCCUCGCUAUGAAGACGAACUCAGUGGUAUUGCGAAGACCAAAUACAUCUACACUUCGGAAUAACAACCUUCUCCGUCCUACAACAUAUCGCCCACUCGAUCUAAGAACUAUUUGACUUAAUAAUACUUGUAAAGAUCCAAAAAGGAAUUGGCACACUCCGCUCAAGAUAGAAUAGAAGAAGAUAGAAGUUCACUAGAAGAGAAAUAUGGGAAACAUGAACAGUAUUUUGUGCCUUAACAAGGAUUAUUUAUAUAAAACAAGCUUUUUUUUACAAAGGCUCUACUAUGCAUGCUCUGCCAUUAUUGGUCAAAGCUACGUUUAAGUCCUUUAAGGCGGCAUUUCAGUUUUGAUCACUUCCUCAUUAUAUGACUUACGGUUUCUGUUUCUGUCCGAAUAUAUCCAAGUGCCAGGGUAGGAAUUUGCUCUACAUUGGAGUAGGGCUUGUGUUCUCCGCUAAACAUUUGAUAAAGACUUUUAAUGGCUGUAUCUUGUGUUUGAAAUAAGUAUAUUUUUAGAGCCCUUUUUUUUUUAUUUUUUAGAAUCAAAUAUUAAUUCAUGUAGACUUGCACAGGAUUUUUAGCAUUGUAUCUAGCAUUUAAAAAAUUGCAUUAAAAGUAUUAAAAAAUAAGAUAAAAAAAUUCUACAAGUGUGUUGUAGAGACACUGCUCUCAUAUUGACCAGAUAGAAAUUUAUCUCCUAAUACUGUAAACUACUGUAUACUGAUACUGUCCUAUCAGAAAUGCUGUAUAGAUUGCGUGUGUUUGGUGUGCACGGACAGAUGAAUGUUUCUGUUGCUUAAGCAACUGCCUUUUUCAUACACUGACAGAAAUAUGAGCUUUUAUAUUUACAUUUACAGCAUUUAGCAGAAGACCUUGUCCAGAGCAAUGUACAAAAGUGCUUUGAAUAUCUCUCUCUCUCUCUCUCUCUCUCUCUCUCUCUCUCUCUCUCUCUCACACACACACGUAGAGGUUUGGACACAAAUCUUCUGUUAAUUGAUCUAAAGGGUUUAUAUGGCUUUCUUUAUUUUCAGCGUUUUAACACUAACUAUGCUUCUUUUUUUUUUUUUUUUUAACUUUGUAGAUGUUUUUAUUAAUUUUGUCCAGGUUUUAUUGCAAUCCAAUGCAAAAUAAAGGGAGACCAAACUGUA